UUUUUUUUUUUUCCUUGAAAAGAAUUAUUAUAUCAUGACGCCUUUUAAUUUAUUAAAGAAAAGACAUAUUUUCUCAUUUAUAAUUGCGCUUGCUGUAGCAAAUGUAUCUGGACCUCAGUAUGUUUAUCCAACUUAUGGAACUUCUUUAAUAAAUCGAUUUCAUUGGAAUGGUAUAGAGAACAGUAUGGUGAGUACAGCAACCUUUGUAGGCGUAUCAUUUUCUGGUCCCUUAUGCGCAUGGAUGGUUGAACAUUUAGGAAUUCAAAGGUAAUAAAUAUAUAUACCUUAUUUAUAAUAAAAUGAAAUGAUAUAUGUAUAUAUAUAUAUAUAUAUAUGUGUGUGUAUAUAUAUGUAUGCAUGUAGAACUUUAAUCAUUGCCGCUUUCACAGCCUUUACAACCCUAUUUUUAUUGGCACAAACAUAUGUAGGAAAUUUAUCAAAUCAUUACAUUUUAUGCUCCCUUUAUUUAGCCUGUACUGGUGCUGCCGGUGCUGCUUCAUAUCUUUGUGCCCUUGACUCACAGGCACAGAACUUUAAAGAAUAUAGAGGAAUGAGUAUGGGAUUUACAAGUGCAUCUUUAGGCAUUAGUGGAUUAGUAUUCUCUCAAUUAAAUGAUCGAUUCUUUAAAUCAAAUCAUAAAGAGGAUAAUACGACUUUUAAUUUCUUAAUCUUUGUUGGCUCUUGUACUUUUAUUGUAAAUAUAUUUGGAUCGUUUAUAUUAGAUUCGUUAAAGCAAGAGGAAAAAAGAAGAGUAGAACAACAACAGCCACAAGAAGAUAAUGAUUUAACUUACUAUACGCAGAGUAUAAGAAGUUUCAGUACAUCAUCUACACGUUUUGUUGAAGACGAUAUGAACGAAGAAAGACCUUUGCUGUCAAAAAAUGUCAUCCUGUCUGUGGACACUAUUUCGUCCAUUGAUAUAAAAAAUAUAAGAUAUCAACAUGAAGAGGAAACAGAGAUAUCAGGAAUUGCUUUCUUUAUGGAUCCUGUUGGGUUUUCAUUAGCAUCAGCAUUGCUUGUCAUACUUGGAUUAGGAUAUGUUUAUUUUGCAAAUCUAGGACAGCUACUGACCUCAGUUUCGCCUAAGGAUAUAUCCUUUAGUGAAGCUCAACAUUUACGUAAUACGCAUGUUUCAAUCUUUAGUAUUGCUAAUUGUCUUUCAAGAGCUCUCUUUGGAGCAUUGAGUGAUCUCUUUAAAAAAAAAGUAGGUAUUCAUCGAAUAUGGUUCUUUUGGACUGCAUCUAUUGGCCUUAUGAUCUCCAUGAUCUUCCUAAUCUCUUCAGUCUCAAAUUCAAAUGAACUCAUCCUGUGUACAGUUAUGACUGCUAUUGUAUAUGGUAUUACAUUUGGUGUAGCACCUGCUACGAUCACUGAAUUUGGAACAAAGACAUUUGCACGUAAUUGGGGUUGGUUAUUAUGUGCACCAGCUAUUGGUAGUCAAUUAUUCAGUGUGCUUUUUGGAACUGUUUAUGAAAAAGAAUCUAAACGUCAAGGAGAAUUAGAAAGUUGUUAUGGAUCAGCUUGUUACAAAUCAACGUUUAUGAUUGGUAUUUUAUCUGCACUUGUUUGUAACAUGAUAAUGGCUGUAGCCAUCUAUAAAAAGGGCUUAUAUAAAAGAGGGUCUACCUUAUAAUUUUAUGUAUGUAUUUAUUUAUCUAUUUAUUUCUUACCAUGCAUGCUCAUUCUUUAAAGAAUAGAAUGAUUAAAUAAUAAACAUUUAUCAGAGUUUCACAAACUUUAUACAUUCGGGAAUUUCUGACAGUUAUGCAGCUUACAUUAUUUCAUAUUUGUUUGUCCACCUCCUUUUGUAA